GGUCUCAACCUUGGUCAGCAUAUCAAGCCACACCCACGCCCCGAGAUCAAGAAGAACGAAUCUCAUAAUAUGGAGGACUGGUCUUCGUUCAAACGGGACGGAGUGGCGUUAGGUCAAAAGACGCUAUUCACCACCCUCAAUGACGAUAAAGUUUCCUUAUCUGAAGGCUACAUCCCACUACUGGUGAACCUCACUGUUGAAGACAAGGCAGCCAAAGGUUUGCGAAAGCACAAAGGUGGCAAUACGAGAGAGGAGGCAGUCUAUGUCUCUGCGGUCGAAGCCGUACGAGACAAUCGGUUCUUACUCCUCACCGGCAAAAGUGGUUCGGGAAAGACGACGUUCGCAGAGUACCUGGUAUUUGGUCAUGCCGCGGAUAUCUUUCAGAAGGAUAGGGACGCAAUUCCUCGGAAUGAAGGCGGCGAGAGACGAAAGGAGAUAUUGAGUGGGCUGAGAAUGCUACCAUUGCUCGUCACAAUCACCAACACGCAAGAUCUUGCAGAUGCUGAUGGAAAAUUACUGGCAAUUCUUGAAUCUUGGGAUAGCAGAGAAAAGGAAAGCGGAGAUGAAGAACUGCUUCUGAUACUGGAUGGCAUCGAAAAUGCAGGAUUUCAAGGUGUGAAGCAUCUCGCAUCUAUAGCCAGCGCUAUUACUCCAAGACCGCACGUUAGGCUGCUCGUCCUGGGUAUAGACGAUGCUAGCCAAGACUGGACCCUGCCAGCCGGCUUUUCGAAGCUCCAGCUACUACCGCUACUGACCAUUCAAAGACACGAGCUCGCUCGAAAAUUGUGUCUGGAUACAGACUUUGGUUCUGGAACCGCGGCUUCGAGACCAGCUAUAUUUGCCUUGUCCCUAGCGGCCGGACAUGCUGGGGACACAAGCGAAUCAGCCUUGGAUGCUUGGUUAGGGCAUUGGUUUUCAUCGCCCGAGACGCGUCAAGCUCUUCUACAAGCCGCGUGGGACGAAUGGACAUAUCAGCGGCACAGUCAGCUUAAUCCCCUGGCAAGGACGACUCUAAAAUGGCCAUUCGUCUCGUGCACCGCAGUUCAAGAGCUCUUAGUGGCUGCGCAGGUACAAACAGCAUCUUUCCAGGAGAUACUGGAGGUCUUUGACCGAGAUGCUAAGGCGGCAAUGCCCAUUAUUCGAAGUCUUCUGCAUCGGUUUGCAAAGGGAGAAAAGCAAGAGAGUUUCAUCCGUGAACUUCUAAACCGGCAUGACGAUGACCUUGAUGGGGAGAAGGCUCAAUAUGCCGCACUUGUCGCUUGCGAGUUCAUAGACCCUAGCAAUAUACCCUUUGUCACCCAAGUCAUCGAUCUUCUACUGAAGGUGGUUAGGCUUGGAACCCUCCCCAUAUCUCAUCGGGUUGUAGCCGGUCGCUACCUCUCACUCUUUGGGGAUCCGCGCGAUCUGGUAGGCUUAGUUGAAAUCCCAGAAGGAACAAGCUUUUUUGGAUCAUCCAAUCAUCCGAAUUCCAGUCCUCUUCAUGAGCUUCAUCUUGGUCCAUUCAAAAUUGGCGCGUUUCCAGUUGUGAAUCGAGACUAUGGGGACUUUGUGCAGCAGACAGGCCGUAUUUGGCUGAGUCAAGAUGGCUAUGAUCCCUAUUCACAGAACACACCAGCAACGGAUCUCACAUGGCAUGGCGCCAGAGCAUACUGCCAAUGGCUCACUCAGAAAUGGAGGGAAACAGGUAAAAUAAAACCCAACGAAACCGUACGACUACCUUCGGAGCCCCAGUGGGAGAGAGCAUCCAGGGGAGAUCAGCGGGAGUCACAGGCAGGACAGAACAUCUAUCCAUGGGGCACCAAUUUUGCAACGAGUCUAUCAAACUGCGAAGAACUAGCGCUGAACAAUAAAUGCGCCGUCGGUCUAUUUCCCCAGUCCUGCUCACCAUUUGGCUGCUACGACAUGACAGGCCAAGUAUGGGAAUGGUGUACAACGUUAUGGGGAGUCGACAUGGCGACGCCAAUGUUUGAAUACCCGUGGAAAAGCUCAGAUGGCCGUGAGGAUCUGGCAGCGGACGGUACAAUCCGGAGAGUUCUGCGAGGCGGGUGCUUUUCGAGUGGUCAAGCAAAGGCAACGUGCACUUAUCGCGGUAGUCUUGAGCCGACUGGGUUUUGGAGGGGUAACGGGUUCCGCAUUGUGGUCGUUUCUGAAUAUCAGGUUGCGUUGUCGAGUCCCGAGGACCUAGUUCCUCUUGCUGGGGGUGACGAGCCCAUUUAUGUUAUUCUCACCAGCUCCAACGACGUGGAAACCGGUGCACCGUGGUGUUCUGAUGUCCGAGCUGCCUUGCCUUUCCUGACAGAGACCUUUGAUAAGCACGACGGUCCCAAGGCUAUCUACGAGAGCGUCGGUCCCCGGCCUGGGUGGAAGAAGCCAGAUAAUCCACACAAACUCACGUGGAACAUUUCAGCUAUUCCAACCGUGAUUCGGUUCGAAUUUCGCGAUGGAGGGAUAGAGGAGACGGGCAGGCUUGUAGAGGCUGAGGUUUAUGAGGAGGGAAAACUACAGAGCUUCGUGUUGAAGUCUGUGUAG